AUGACAGCCUCUCUGGUCCUAAACCCUCGCUGGCCAGCGGAAACGGUAAUGUUUGUGUAUGACAACAACCUGGACGACCUGAACAAGAACAUGGAGGGGCUGGUGGGAAGCGGCAACUUCGCCGCCACUGCAGCGAGUCAGUGCCGCAACAUCAUGGCGCAUUCGGCGGCCGCCGCCUCUUCGGCUGGCUACUCCACUGUGGACGUGUCCGCUUCAGGUUCCAGUGACACGGCUGCAUCUUCGGGAAAGCAGUGCGCGGCGGGACCGUGUCCUGCGGCUGCGGUGCCACACCAGAGUUCCUCCGCCGCUACCGCGCUGCCCUACAGCUACUUUGGUAACGGCUACUACCCGUGCAGGAUGGGUCGGGGAUCUCUCAAGUCGUGCACUCAGGCGGCCGGAGCCGCGCUCAGCUCGCAGUACAUGGACACGACGGUGAGUUCUGACGAGUAUCCGAACCACCGAGCCAAGGAGUUCGCGUUUUACCACGGCUACCCCAGCCCCUACCAGUCCAUGGCCAGCUACCUGGACGUGUCGGUGGUCCAAACGCUGGGCACCGGGGAACCGCGCCAUGACACUCUGCUCCCCAUGGACAGCUACCAGCCCUGGGCUCUGACCAACGGCUGGGGGGAGAUGUACUGCUCCAAGGACCAGGGACAGGCUGGACACCUCUGGAAAUCCGCUUUGGCUGAUGUGGUCGCGCACCAGCACGACGGCUCGCCUUUCCGCCGCGGCAGGAAGAAGCGGAUACCGUACACCAAAGUCCAGCUGAAGGAGCUGGAGAAAGAAUACGGAGCCAACAAGUUCAUCACCAAGGACAAGAGGAGGAAGAUCUCGGCGGUGACCAACCUGUCGGAGCGUCAGAUCACCAUCUGGUUCCAGAACCGGAGGGUGAAGGAGAAGAAGUUCGUGGCCAAAGUGAAGAGCAGCGUACCGUAGCAUGCAGGUCACUGCUCUGUGCAGCCUUUCACCCAGUGGACUGGGUGUAUUUGCCGUGUUUGUACGUUAAACUGAACUGAGAAAAAUAACAGAAAAGUGGGAGAAAUAAAGCAACUCGACGUGGUACUCCUGACGGACUGUGCGUGUGUUCGUGUGCGUCAACUAAAGGAAGAAAACGAAGACAAGUGAAGGAAAAUAAGACUAAAGAAAAGAACCAAAGUCCUCUGAUAAAGCUGCUGCUCAGAGGCGUCCUGUAAAUACAGCACUUUCCUGCCUGCUUCUUGUCCUGUCUCUCUGUGUCUCUGACUGUCCGUGUCCGUGUUCAGUAGCCUGUAGAAGAAAACACUCUGUUAUGCUGUCCAUAUGUUUAUAUCGCUGUAAACCAGUACUCAGAAUA